AUGCCCUUCCUCCGCGCGGGCUCCCCCGCGCUGCUCGUGUGCUUGCUGCUGGUGCUACUUCCCCAGGUCCAUGCAUUCGGAGCAGGCAAUAUCGCUUCGAUUUCAGCCAUCGAGGGCAUAAACUGGCGCCAUGGCGAUAUCGAGGACAUGCUGAAGACGAUCACGUUCAUCGCCGGCCACAAAUGGACCUCCACCAUGAUCAAGCGUGUAUACUUUGGAAAUUGGCUGCGCGAUUAUUCGCAGGCAAUGGAUGUCGGGACCCUGAAAACUCUCCAAGCCGAUACGAUCCGCAUCCUGGUGUGGGUCCUCUCGUUCCUGACGUUUGGGUACGCGACGGGUGAAUUUGAGGUUACCGCCGAGCGAUUGGGUGUUUACCGUCCAGAGGAGCAUAUUGAUAACCCGAAAGAUUACGCCGACAACGAAGAUGCGCGCCAGUUCGACCAGCGCCUGCGAGGCCCAGUUCGUCAAGUCGAGCUUGAUAUUGAUCCGGAGACUGGAAUGAAAAACUACAUUGCGAACGAGCGUGGCGACUGGGCGACUAGUUCUGCCUUUGUCAAGUUCAGUCUCAGCCGCAGCAUCCAUUACGGACGCAUGUACACUCAUGGCGGCGAGCACAAGGGCAAGGAAGAGGAUCUGUGUGAGGCACUUCGAUGCCUGGGACAGGGUCUUCAUACUCUCGAGGAUUUUGCGGCUCACUCUAAUUACAUUGAGCUUGCCUUGCGGGAGAUGGGUUUCCACAAUGUUUUCCCCCACACGGGUACGGCCACUCAGUGCAAUGUCCGUGGACAUAACGUCUUCCCCUUGGUGACAGGGACUUUUGGUAUGGUCGAUUUCUUCCACUCGGUCCUCGGUGAAGCCACAGAUCAUUUCACCCAGUCCGAGGUCAAUGAGAUGGACCUGGCGCUUGGCGAUGCGGAGAACAACGCCCAGGCCAGCAAUUCUCUUAACUCUCUUACCAGUCUUCUGGGCAAGAUUCCUGGUACGCGAGACCUGGUCGUGGAGGCUGAGCAUCUCAAACAGCAGUCCGAGGCCCAGGAGAGGACUAAUCGCUCUCGCGGAUCUCAUAUGGGGUACGUACAGACGGGCGAUAUCCAGCAAAGUCGCGCACCUGACCCAAGUCAACCUACCACUGGCGGCGCUGCACCGGGUCCUGGUCUUCCGGGCAUGCCUGAUUUCAACCCUCAGGAGACCGUGUCCAAGAUCUACCCUAUCCUAGCCUUCCGUGACAAGGUCGUGCGAAAGCUGAACGCGAUCAUCGAGAAAAUCCCGGGCUUGGAGGCAAUCAUUGAUAAAAUCACCGAAACACUCACAGUGUUCAUCAUGUCGCUGCUUGCGCCAUUCAUCCGCCCUCUUAUCAACGCCGCCUCCAAGUCUCUCCAGACCGGGUCAUCCGGUGUGAUUAGUGCCUCUGGCAAACAUCAAUACGAGCCAUGGACCGAUCCCCACUGCACCGAUCCCACUCACUCGCUUCUCUCAAAGGACCACUUUGCCAACAUCUUGAACGAGCCCGCCGGACAGGUCGCUUCUGUCAUUCUGAAGUACGUUGCUCCUCGCGUCCUGUAUGCCUGGCAGCACGUCGACGUCCCCGAGCACGAGGUUUUGGAGGAUUGCGUACGCAUCUUCCACCAUCCCGUAGUUCGAGAUAUGCACAAUGAGGCUCACCGAACCAUGUUUGAGACUGUCGGCAACUGGGUUCACUCCCGCGAAGAUCGGGGCGCACACCUCAACGACAUCCUUAGCUCUGAGGGUGUCCGAACCGGCCGCAACACUGGUGGCGUCCCUCACACUCACGGCGGUGGCCAGGGCGGAUUCGCUGCUCUGGGCGGCGCAGCUCAUGGUCAAACACACGGCCAGAGUCAGGGCCACGGCUUCUCAGUGGGUGGCAUUCAAUCAUUCUUCUCGCAAUCGCAGUCUCAGCACCAGCAGCCGUCGGGCGCGCACGGGCAAAGUUCCUCUGGCCUGCCUUGGGAUAAAAUUUCCAAGUUGCCUAUCCCCGGCAUGUCGAAUCUGAACAAGCUUGAAAGCACCAUCUCUAAUUUCAUUCCUGGUGGUUUGUCGCAUGGUUCGAGGAGAGAGCUCGAUGACGACCCGGCUGGGUCUGGAUAG